CCAGUGCGCAUGCGCAACUCAUGCGGACACUCAAAACAACAUGGCGGCUACCAUGGCGACGACGAGCGCACGCGAUUCUGCAAAAGCAAAACCCGCCUUGAACUACGACAGCUUCACCAAGAAAUGCGAAACCUACGUGAGUGCCAAUGAGAAGACAGCAAGAGAUAUCAAAUGUUUCCUGAAGGCUCUCUAUGGUUCAGUCAAGGAAGCAGAAACAGCUGAUGGACUUUCAAGUGGAGAGACACUUCCUGAGCUGAUUAUAGACAAUUUUGAUGAGGAACAAAUUUGGCAGGAAUUAGAGCUUCAAAAUGAAGCUCGAGUGGAUUUAUUUGUUGGAAGUGUGGCCAGACUAGUUGCCCAGAAAGAUAGAUUUUCUAUUGAUACUGGCCCUGCUGAGAAAAAGUUGCAGAAUGGUGACACCCUUUCUGAAGGCGAGGAAGAAGGAAGCAAUGAGGAUGAUAAUGAGGCGGAAGAAGAUGAAGACGAUAUUGAGCUUGAUGAUGACGAAGAUUUGAGGAAGCUAAAUAAUAUUGACUUGAAUUUUGACGAUGAUAGUGACUUUUCAAUGCCAGAUGGUGGUGAAGAUGAUGGUGAAGAUGAUGACCAAUUUGCAGAGGAGGAUGGUGAAAGUGAAGAUUAUGAUUUAAAGCCCAAGAAAAAGUCAAGUAAAAUUCCAGAGGAGGAUGAGGAAAGUGAGAUCAAUGAAAGUGAAGAUGAUGAAGAACCCAAGAAAAAGUCUAAGUCCAAAUCGGCUCCUGAAAAGAAAAAACCUGUCACGCCUUCUAUUGUUGACGAUAAAUUUUUCAAGCUAUCAGAAAUGGAAGCAUUUCUUGAAAAAGAGGAAGCAGAAGAUGACGGCCAUUCAGAUGGAGAUUCGUCUGAGGAAUCUGUUGAUCUGUUUGAAGAUUAUCCAUCUGAUGAAGAUGAUGACAGUGAUGAAAAUGAGGAGGGGGACGAUGUUGAUGGAGAAUCUGGCAAAAGACGGAUGCACUACUCAGAUUUCUUUGAUGCUCCCGAGGGAGAAACACCACAAGAAGGUAGCAAACCAAAGACUAAGGACGCAAAAGCCGGAAAAGAGAAAAAAGUGAAAUUUAGCUUUGGAAGUGAUGAUGAAGGAAGUGACAGUGAUGCUUCAGAAACUUCUGACUUAAAUGUGCCAAGCAAAAAUGAAGUUAAAUCUUCCUAUGAAAUAAGACAAGAAAAACUCCAAGCAAAAAUUAAGGCAUUGGAAGAUGAAGCAGUUUCAGCCAAACCGUGGCAACAUAAGGGAGAAAUCUCUGGUGCAAUGCGUCCAGAAAAUGCCUUGCUUGAGGAGGCUUUAGAAUUUGACCUUACUCACCGGCCAGCCCCUGUGGUGACUGAAGAAACUACACAAAGACUAGAGGAUAUUAUUAAACAGAGGAUCAAAGAUAAGGCAUGGGAUGAUGUUGAGAGGAAACAAAAACCUGUGGAAGCUCCCUCUGAGUUUAAAAAGAAAUUAGUAUUAGAUCAAGAGAAGAGCAAACUCAGUCUUGCUCAAGUUUAUGAGCAAGAAUAUUUAAAGAAAGUUGCUGCGACUGAACCAGAGAGUGACAAACCUGAUGAAAUUCCCAAGGAGCAUGUGGAGAUCACAACAUUAGUUAAUUCUCUCUUCCGAAAGCUGGAUGCUUUAUCAAAUUUCCAUUACACUCCAAAACAGAUCGCACCCGAGGUUAAAAUAGUCACCAACAUUCCAGCCAUCAACAUGGAAGAAGUUGCACCAGUGGCAACUAGUGAUGCCACUUUGUUGGCACCUGAAGAAGUUAAAGCCAAGCCGAAGGGAGAUGUCAAGAGUCAAGAAGAAAAAACUGAUACAGACAGGAAACGAGAGAGGAGACAAAAGAAAAAGCACCAGAAACUCAAAUCGAGAGACCGUGAGAAGCGGGAGGCUGCUGUGGCUAAAUUAAAGCCUGGUCUAGGAAAUAAAUAUAGCAAAGAAAAGGCUGUUAAAUUAUUAGAGAAAGUUUCUAAAGAUAGUAAUGUUAGCUUGAUUGACAGCCGUGCUGGCGCGGCGUCCCUGAAGUCAUCGUCAGCUUUCUUCAACCAGCUUCAAGAUGAAGUCACUUCACAAAUUAAGGGAAAGUCGGAUUCGAAAAAGCGCAAAAAUACUGCCAAUACUAUGUCAGCCAAGCGGGUAAAACUGUAAAUUAUAAUUGUUAUUGUUAUUUAGAUUAAUUUAUAUUUUUAACGAAUACAAGAGUAGACUGUUUUUCAAACGUCCAUCCCUGACUGGCCACUAAACCGAGAAAGCAUUGUUUAUGUUUUUUACUUCUGCAAACCUGAGGGAGAGAAUACAUGGAAAUUGUAAAAAGUUAAUCUUUUUGAGAAAGCAAUAAAAGAAGGAGAGAAAAAUUGAA